AUGGCCAACACAGCUGAGAUCGGCUACCAGAGUGUUAAGCGUGCUCUCCAGGCUCUGCACUCGAAGCUGGGACAAGCUGACCUUGAAGGAAUUAAGCGUUCCGAGCUGUCCUACUUUGACGAGUUGGAGAGACUUGUGGAGCAGGUUCGAUUGGCUUGCGUGGCUACGAUCUUCCAGGACAUUAAGUAUGCCCAUGAGAAGAAGGUCUGGGCAAGCCUGUGGCAAUGCCACACCUUGAUCAACACAAAGUAUCGCAAGACGGAGCAGAAGCUGCGAGACAGCAGACAACAGGUCCUGCUCCGUAAGGUUGAGCAGGCCCAUAGCGCGCACCUGCAUACUGCCCAAUACUUCUACAGGGGCUAUAUCCAGCGCCUGUCAUCACGUUAUGAGCUCCCAGUGCUUCAGCGCCUUCUCCGCUCUAUGGGAGCCGAGCCCAUUGCAGUGAACGAGGCUGAAGAUGCCCAGAGCGCUCAUUUGGAGACAGAAGUCAGGCUGUCCUUCUACGAGACUCUCCUUCAUCUUGGAGAUCUUGCUCGCUACCGAAACCAGGUCAGGACUAAGAGGUCUUCCUUGGACACGGCUCGCAGGUACUACAGCUUGGCUCAGGACCUUGUGCCGUCCAGGGGCGACGCCCAUCACCAGAUGGCAGUUCUCUACAUCAAGGAGGAGAAUCGGGAUUUUGAGAUCAUCUACCACUUCUAUCGUGCCUUGGCUGUUGAGCACCCGCACCAGAAUGCCCUGGAUAACCUCAAGCAGGCGGUUGGCAAGGCGGUGUCCCAGAAUCAGCGUGGUGGCUAUGCUGCCCUGGAUCCUCAGCGGAUGUUCGCCCAGUGGUUCUCCCGCUUGCAUGCGCGAUUCUUCCUUGGCGAAGUCUUUACCGGACAAGACGAGCUGGAGAAAGAGGUUCUACACCGGUUCGAGAUAUUGCUCCGAUCGCCGGCCAAUUCUGAUUUGCUCCAACAAGCUGUCUUGGUCAACAUCUCGGCAUACUAUGUAGCUGUCCAAAAGACCAGAGAAAACUGGACCCUCAACGGAUCACGCUCGAGCCAGUUUAUUCUACGUUGCAAUGUACGCUUCAUCACUGUGCUGAGCAAAGUUGUCAAUUCUCGGGUCGAGAAGAUGACGGCUAGCUCGGAGGCUACGGGUCAGAAGGACGGUAAGGGACAAGAUGAAGACGUAGACAGGUCACUCCAGACAGCUCUGCGUCUCUUAAGGAUAUAUCUCGCUUGGAUCUACACAAAUCGUGACGACCUUGUCAAGUUCCAGGAGCACCUGGAACCUUACAUCUCAGACAUGCACGAGUGUCUGACCGAGUGCCUGUCCACAUCAGCUCGAAUCCUCCUAGAGGCCGAGGUGCGAGACAGCCUGCCUUAUCUUUUGCCAGAGGACGUGGAGGUUUUGGGUCUUUUGGCCCUCAAAGACUGGGACAAAUACCGGUGCUACGACGAUGGCUCGCGCAAACCACACUACGACGACUGGACAGGCUUGAAACAGCCCCAAGGUGCUGAUGACCUGGCGCGCCUCUAUGACCUUGUCAUCUGCGGUUGUCACCUCGCCAUCGACAAAUCUUUCCCCUAUAUUGAAUCCCGGAUUCAGGAAGGUGGCCGCGAAUGGAGUGGCAUUGCCUAUGUCAAGAACUACCAACCUCCUGUCCCUGAGUAUCGGUCUCCCACUCAAGACACCGGCAAAGGUGUUGCAGACUUGACAGACCAGUUGGAGCAGUUACCCGCAUCGCUCGAUCAGCCCUCCCGUCCCGAGUCAAAUGACUUCAACGUCGACGCAGAGGUUUUCAGUCGUGUCAACGACUUCCUCACACCUCCCGAGGUGACCCCGACUGCAAGGGGCUCGACCAACGUCCAGAGCACCUCGUAUGGAAUGAACACUUCCACUGCCAAUGACGUGUUUGACGGCGCCGGUGCCAGCAGCCCCAAUGCGGGCGCCGCGUUUACGAGGCCUAUCCCAAGCCUCCCGUGGGCACCGACCUUCUCUCCUACCUCUUCAUCCGCGUGGGACGACGGCGCAUUCUCAUCAUCAAAAGCACACGUCCGCCAGGCAUCUUUGGAGAAUCCCUUCGCCGCCGGUGCUUUCGACGGAGGACUCCGCCGGGCCUCGAACAACCCCUGGGAUGUCGACCAACCGCCGACCGGCCUGGACCAACAGGAGGCGCAGCCAGCCGCACAGUAUGCGGGCUGGAACACGCAGCGCGACCCAUACGGCACCGCCGCCUUCUCGCCCACCAGCGGCGGUGACGAGGCAGGCCCUUCCGGAUGGCAGAAUGCGAUGGCGGCCUACUCGUCCGCCGCCAACGACGCAAGCGGAUUGCAGCAAGCAUCCGCUAGCACUUCGGGACUGGGCGGAUCCGCCCUGCAUGGCACCGAGGGCUACUCCUUCCCGGGAUCUAUGAACUUUUCCGCCGCGUCGACUUCCAGCCUCCCACCGGUCAACAGCCCACGCGGCCUCCCGCAGCAGAAGCAGCAACGCCAGCAGCAGCGCCACCACCACCAAGUGGCUACCUCCACCGCCGCCCCCCCCGCAGCACUUCUGCCCCUGCAGCAGCAGCAGCAGCAGCAGCAGCGCCACCAGGAGCCGCGGCGCUUCGACCCGACCGGCCGCCCGAUACCGCCGGGGUCCAGGGAGGGCCUCACGGCGGCGGGCCACGCCAACGUCAGCAGCCAGUGGUACGCGGCGACGACGGCGUGGGGUCAGGCGCCCUCGUCGGCGGACGACCCGACGCACUUCCGCAACCGGACGCGCAACUCCAAGGCCAUGCAGGCCUCGCGGGCGUACGACAAGAACGCGCUCUACAGCGCCUACGAAGACUACGACAACAACAACAAGAAGAAGCCCGCCAAGCCCGGUCCUUCUCGCUGA